UGCUCCAUCACAAAGGAGUUCCAAACACUUCGCACUCUGUGCUAUAAACCCGAAACACGGGAAAACAGAGCACCGCAAUCCAGGCUUCUCUCCAAGAGAUCCAAGCAGAGGGAGGGAGGGAAAGAGAGAUGGAAAUGGCGGGGCGGAACUCCACGCUGCUGCUGCUUUUUGCCUUCGUCUUCUUCAUCCUUCUGCUGCAAAGACCAGUUUUUGCUACCAAAGAGGCAUUCUUUUGGAUCUUGCUUCCUCAAAGACUGAAUCUUUUUGAUGGACUGCGUCUUGUUGGCUUCAUUGUGUGUGCAGGCUUAUGUGGUGUACCUCGGAGAGCACUCGCGUGACCCCGAUUUGUCUCCCUGGGAAGCUUCCAUGAGAGCAACAGAGUCCCACCAUGAGCUGUUGGCUUCGGUGCUGAAGGACAAGGAGAAGGUGGAAGAUGCAAUCUUUUACUCUUACACCCACAACAUCAAUGGCUUUGCGGCCUACCUCGGGGAGGAAGACGCAAUGGAGAUAUCAAAGUACCCAGGAGUCGUAUCAGUGUUUCCCAACAGAGGCUACAGUCUUCAUACCACUCGUUCAUGGGAAUUCCUUGGCCUCGAGAGGAACAGCGAAACGCACUCAGCGUGGAAUAAGGCUCGAUUUGGAGAAGACGUAAUCAUUGCAAACCUUGAUUCUGGUGUGUGGCCUGAGCACCAGAGCUUUAAGGAUGAUGGCUAUGGAGCAGUUCCGUCGAGGUGGAGAGGAAUCUGUCAGCAAGGCAGUGACCAAAGCUUCUCCUGCAACAGGAAGCUGAUCGGUGCUCGGUACUUCAACAAGGCGUACAGAGCCGCCGCUGGCCCGCUCAACGCCACCUUUUACUCUCCGCGAGACUACGACGGGCACGGCAGCCACACUCUCUCCACCGCCGCCGGCAACUUCGUGCCCGGCGCCAGCAUCCUCGGCCACGCCAACGGCACCGCCAAGGGCGGCUCGCCUCGCGCCCGCGUCGCCGCCUACAAGGUCUGCUGGCCGCGGACCUUCCGAGGCGAGUGCUUCGACGCCGACAUCCUGGCUGCCUUCGACGCAGCGAUCCACGACGGCGUCGACGUCCUUUCCCUCUCCCUCGGCGGCCGUCCCUCCGCCUACUUCGAGAAUUCGCUAGACAUCGGUGCGUUCCACGCCGUGAAGAAAGGUAUCACCGUCGUCUGCUCCGCCGGCAACUCGGGCCCCAAUAACUCCACGGUCACGAACGUAGCGCCAUGGAUUCUCACCGUAGGCGCAAGCACUUUGGAUCGGGAUUUCCCCGCCGAUGUCGUCUUCGGCAACAAGAGAGUCACGGGAAAGAGUCUCUCCGAGGCAUUGACAGGCAAAAAGCUCUACCCACUCAUCAACUCCAAAGAAGCCAAUCAUGGCAAUGCAUCGAAGGAGAAGGCUGAGUUGUGCCUUCCGGGAUCGCUGGACCCGGCAAAGGUGAAAGGCAAGAUCGUCGUGUGCCUCCGCGGCAGCUCUGCAAGAGAAGCCAAGGGAGAGACCGUUCGUGAAGCUGGCGGAGUUGGGAUGGUUCUCGCAAACUCUGGUAGCUUUGGGAACGAGAUCAUAGCUGAUGUACAUGUCCUCCCGGCAACUCACAUCACCUUCUCCGAUGGCCUCGCCCUCUACUCUUACCUCAACUCCACCAAGUCGCCGCUCGGUUACAUUGCGGUCCACAUGACGAAGCUUGGAGCGGAACCGGCGCCGGCCAUGGCCUCUUUCUCCUCUAGAGGACCAAACACCAUCACCCCCGGCAUCCUCAAGCCUGACAUUACUGCACCGGGCGUCGAUGUUCUUGCUGCCUCCACCGGAGACGUUUCGCCAACAGAACUGGAUUUCGAUCGCCGGCGGGUGGCGUUCAUGUUGAAAUCUGGCACCUCCAUGUCAUGCCCUCACAUAUCAGGAGUCGUAGGUCUCCUCAAAGCUCUCCACCCCGGUUGGAGCCCUGCUGCAAUCAAGUCCGCGAUCAUGACGACCGCGAGAGUUUGGGACAACGAGAAGCUGCCAUUGUUGGACGAGGCGACCUUCCUCGACGCCUCGCCGUUCAACUACGGCUCCGGCCACGUUCGACCAAACCGCGCCAUGGAUCCCGGCCUAGUUUACGAUCUAACGACGACGGAUUACUUGAACUUCUUGUGCGGCCUCGGCUACAACUCCACUCAGCUGGCAGAGUUCCGCUCCUACUCGUGCCCAUCGAAGCCUCCUCACAUCAAGGAUCUCAACUAUCCUUCCAUCACCAUCCCUGAUCUGUCGUCCUCCACCAAGGUGACUCGUGUGGUGAAGAACGUGGGAUCACCAGGCACGUAUGCUGUCCGCGUGAUCGAACCAAGAGGGAUUUCAGUGACUGUAAGCCCCACCAAUCUCACAUUUGACGAGGUUGGGGAGGAGAAGAAGUUUGAAGUCACGUUGAAGAAGAUUAAGGAGGGGGAAUCAUCUGCAGAGUAUGUGUUCGGUAGAUUGAUAUGGACUGAUAGGAAACACUAUGUUAGAACUCCACUGGUGGUGAAGUCUACCUCAUAA